AUCUAAAUUUUUGGAGCUGUUUUACGCAAUUUGUUCGAAACUAUUUUUGUUCAUUUGUGUUGGUAGCACUUUUUAUUUUAACUUUGUUUUAUGACUUUUAUGUCAUGUUGGCAUAACUGCGGUGAAUUCAUAACAUAAACAGCAUUGCAAAAUAUUGAGAGAAAUUGAAGUUAAUCACCAGUUUCUUUUAUUUUUCUUCAUAUAGCUGAAAAAGCGACUGUUAUCAACAAAUGAACAGAAAAAUUAGGUCUCAUUUAUUCAUCUCAACCGCAAUUAUCAGAAUUAAACAGUAAAAAUGCCAAAGGAAGACAGUGUUGAAGAUCUGGACGUCUAUGCUAUUCUCGGCGUUCCCGAUGAAGCCUCCGUCCAAGACAUCAAAAAGGCCUACAGAAAAGUUGCCCUUCAGUGCCAUCCUGACAAAAACCCUGACAACCCCAAUGCAGCCAAGCAGUUCAUUCAAUUAGCAGCAGUCCUAAAACUUUUGUUAGACCCAGCAUCAAGAAAUGCCUACGAUGCUCUCAGAAAAGCAAGACUACAAACAAAGCUGCGUCUUGAAAGGCAAGAUUCCAAGAGGAAGAAGUUGCGAGAAGAUUUGGAAAGGAGAGAAAAAGAAAGUGCGCAGAACAGGCUUGACACAAGGACCGAGGAGCAGAGAUUGAAAGCUGAAAUUGAAAGGCUUAGGAAAGAAAGUUCAAGACAGCUGGAAGAAGAAAUUGAAGCCAUGCAAAAAAAGUUGCUUGAGGAGAUUGAGGAAGAAGCAAAAAGGGCAGCAUCAGACUCAUCAAUUUACAGAAUGAAGUUGAAGUGGAAAAAAUCAGACACUCGCUAUGAUGAAAAUACUUUGAAAGAGAUGUUUUCCAAGUUAGGAACUCUAUCUGCUCUUGUUGUGUCUAAAAAGGGUGGUUCGGCCUUGCUGGAGUACAAUGAUUUACAUGUUGCAAGACUGUCUGCUCGCAGUGCAUUGGAGUUGCCUGGGAAACCUCUAGAGGUCACCCCUAUUGGAUGGUCAAUAGAAGAGCCAAAACCAGAACCUGUCACAGAUGACGUGGAGGGAGAUGAUUUUGAAGAAUUAGUGUUCAAGAGAAUGCGAGCAGCACAAGUAUAUCAGUCUCAAAGUAAAGAAGGGGAUGGCACUUCAAAUUUGUAGAGCUUAUUGAAAAUUUUUGUAAAUGUAAAAUGUACCCAAUAAAAACAGGAAUAAAUCAGAAUAAAUGGAGCUUUCU